AGCAGGUGCAUCAGAAGGCAAAAAGUGCAUCGACUUCGAAAACUUAUAUAUUGAAGAUGGUUACGGAUGUUGUAAUAUUCCUGGUACACGACGAGAAAUAAAAUGGAUCCAAGGGGCCCUCCUGAGGGGGCCCCUGCUAACUCUUUUGAGAUACCUAAUAUUGAUAAAGUGUCUGACACUUCGGUAAAUUGGCCCACUGAUCAUUCACUUCCUUCAUCAAUGUGUGAGCAAUCUAAAAAAAUGAAUAAUAAUAAAUUGUUAUUUUUAACUGUGGAAUAUGUGGAAGAUCAAUCGCGAGAAUACUCUCGUUUAUUUCCAACAUACGAACAAGUAUCCUUUUCCCCUAGGCCGUCAUCUCCUCUUUCUGAUUUUGAACAUCGUGUUAGUCCUCUUGACCCAAAUAUGAGUUCAGCUGCUAGAUAUUCUCCUACCCCGGUGCAACUUCCCCCAUCUCCUUUUCAUAAUUCUGUUGUGGUACUACAAGGUUCACCUUCUCCUUUAAUAUCCUCAUCUGAGUCAAAUGAAAGAGCAAAUGUGAAUUAUGUUUCUCAAUUGACGCAUCCAAUUGAUGCACAGAGUGUACAACAAUCAGAUACUACUGCUGACUUUGUUGCCAAUGAGAAUGAGGAACAAUUAGUAUCUGGUGUUGGUAGUGAAUUGAUUUUGAUGCAAGAAUCUAAUUCUGGAUUAGAAUCAGCAACAGCCCCAUUAAUGCUAACUGGAAUGCCAAGUACAGAUUUUACAUUAAGUAGAGAUUUUCUUGUUAUGCAAGAUGACCAAAUGAAUGUCAUGAAUUCAUUUAAAACACAAAAUCUCGAUGUGGAUGAUUCUACGCAUAUUUCAUCAACUUCAGAAAGUUCAAACAAAAAAAAUAAUGCAAAUUGUUUAGCUGCAUCUAAGGAACCAGAAAUUAACGAAGUUUUAAUGCCCAGAGAAGAGAAAAAGGAGUGUGAAAAACAGAAUGUUAGACGUUCUAAACGUCGUAUAAAUGAUAAAAAAAAUUUCUGUUGUGACGAAUGUGAUGAUGUAUGUACUGGUGAUAAUUGCACAUCACAUAAUGUGUGUACAAUAGCAGAUCAACCAGUACCAUCACGUGCUAUAGCAACACUGCCAGGAUCAUAUCUUUCCAUAAAUAAAUUACCCAGUUCUGAAAUUGUAUCAGGUGGAUCAGAUUAUGGUGUGUUUGCAAAACGUUAUAUACAAAAACGUACUCAAUUUGGUCCUAUAGAGGGUAUCUUAUAUCCCUAUGAUGGUACACCAUUUAAAAUUGAAUUGCCAUUGCUCUAUGAAACUGAAAAUAAAGAAUUUUUAAAAGUAGAUGUUUCAAAUGAAAAUGCUUCAAAUUGGAUGCGUUUCGUUCGACCCGCAUUAACAUAUAAGGAACAAAAUUUGGUAAUUUGCCAACAACGCGACGGAAUAGUAUUUUUGACUACAAAGAGCAUUUUACCAAAGGAAGAAUUAAGGGCUGGUCCUAGUACUGAUUAUGCAAUUCGUAGAAAUUUAGUACCACUUAAACCUAUACAAGAAACAAAAGAUGACAAAGAGCACAAAAAUCAAUUAUCUACAUGGUCACGAUUAGACGAUAAUCAUUCCCGACGUAUGAAAGUAUUUCGCGGUAGAAAUUUAAAAGAGAAAGAAAAUUCAAGGCAAAAUAAUUCUAAGGAAUGGAAAUGUUCAGUUUGUUGUUUGAUCUUUAGAAAACCGCUUUUACUUAAUUUACACACUUUUGUUCAUGGCACUGAUAAAAUAAAAACUAAAAUUCAAUCUACCGUUUGUCCGCAAUGUGGAUUACAGUUUCAAAAACAAAAAGAAUUGAUCAAUCAUAUUUCACAGCAUGGGAGAUUAUCUUUAAAGAAAGCAAAAAGAUUGACUUCUUUAUCUACGUAUAAGUGUUCAAUGUGCUACAAACGUUUCGCAACGAAAGUGCGAUUGCAACAGCACUACUUAGUGCAUGGUGCUGAAGACCAAAAACCACUGCCAUGCAACAUUUGUUUUAAAAGAUUCAUGAAUAACUCAGCUCUCUCUUGCCAUUUAAAAACACAUAGAGAGAAUAAACAAGUAUUUGAAUGCCCAAUGUGCCGACAGCUAUUUAGUCAAAGUAUGACGCUAAAAGAUCAUAUUGAAACUCAUAAAAAGGAAGAUGGAACAUUUACCUGUCCCUACUGCCAAAGAAUAUUCAUUAAAUAUUCGGUUAUUCGUAAACAUAUUAGAGCACAUCACUGUGAAAGAAAGCAUAAAUGUCAAAUUUGUGCAAAACGAUUUGCUACAGUUGAUAAAUUACAAAUGCAUUUACUAAAACAUUCUGAUCACAGAGAAUUUCAUUGUGCAAAUUGUGGCAAACAAUUUAAACGAAAAGACAAAUUAAAGGAACAUAUGACUAAAUUACAUAAUUCACAAACAGCCACUGAAGAACAAAUGACACAAGUUACACAAACUAAAAAAUUUGUUCCAAAGGUAAAUCCUAACGAUUACAACCGUUUUAUUUACAAAUGUCAUCGAUGCCUAGUAGGUUUUAAGCGAAGGGGAAUGCUUGUAAAUCAUUUGGCAAAACGUCAUCCUGAUGUGGCACCAGAAUCUGUACCGGAAUUGAAUUUGCCAAUAUUACGUCAAACGAGAGAUUAUUAUUGUCAAUAUUGCGAUAAGGUCUAUAAAAGUAGUAGCAAACGUAAAGCACAUAUCAUGAAAAAUCAUCCGGGCGCUGCUUUACCACCAAGUAACCGACAUAAAGAAUCGGAUUAUUCUGAUUUACCAAACCCAACAUUUAGUCAAACGGUUGGUAGUAUUACAACUACCCCUCAGAGUUGUCAAUGGUGUCAUAAGCAGUAUGCUAGUAAGGCAAAACUUUUACAACAUCAACGAAAAAAACAUUCCAAUUUAAUGGAACCGGCCGAUCAAGUACCGCGUUCGCGUAAUCGACAACCACAAAAUCAAAAUCAACCCCCCGUACUUAUCGAAGAUCACUUCGUAUUAUCUGAUUACAUCCAAGCGUGUGAAACAAAUUCAGAUUUUUUUAAACCACGAAUAAUCAAAAUAUCUGACGAUGUUGAUUUAAUAAGCAAUGGAUUAGAAAUUGUUGGGCAACAGUUUGUUCGUAUGCGUGACAUACGCUGAAAUGAUCAGUGGCAACCUCAACGGGAGGUUUUGUCCAUUUAAUGAGAUAUGAAUCUCAUGAGUUUGUGCA